AUGGCGACCGUCCGGGCCUCCCCGCGAGGCGCGCUGCUGCUUCUCCUGACGGUGGCUGGGGUCGCGGAGGUGGCAGGGGGCCUGGCCCCGGGCAGUGCGGGUGCACUGUGUUGUAAUCAUUCAAAGGAUAACCAGAUGUGCCGUGAUGUUUGUGAACAGAUAUUUUCCUCAAAAAGUGAAUCACGACUAAAACAUCUGUUGCAGCGAGCCCCAGAUUAUUGCCCUGAAACAAUGGUUGACAUUUGGAGUUGUAUGAAUUCAUCUUUGCCAGGCAUUGAGGCAUCAUCAAAAAAUGAUAUUUCCAGAGUUUGCAGAAAAGAAUAUGAGAAUGCUCUUUUCAGUUGCAUUAGCAGAAAUGAAAUGGGCUCAGUCUGUUGCAGUUAUGCAGGCCAUCACACAAACUGCCGAGAAUACUGUCAAGCCAUUUUUCGAACAGAUUCUUCUCCCGGUCCUUCUCAGAUCAAAGCAGUGGAAAAUUACUGUGCCUCUAUUAGUCCACGAUUAAUACACUGUGUGAACAAUUACACCCAGUCUUAUCCAAUGAGGAACCCAACAGAUAGUUUGUAUUGCUGUGACAGAGCGGAAGAUCAUGCUUGCCAAAGUGCCUGCAAGAGAAUUCUGAUGUCUAAGAAAACAGAAAUGGAGAUUGUCGAUGGCCUCAUCGAGGGUUGUAAGACCCAGCCUUUGCCUCAGGAUCCACUUUGGCAGUGUUUCCUUGAAAGCUCACAGUCUGUUCACCCUGGAGUCACUCUGCAUCCUCCUCCCUCCACAGGCCUUGAUGGUGCUAAAUUGCAUUGUUGUUCCAAAGCAAACACUUCAACCUGUAGAGAACUGUGUACUAAACUGUAUAGCAUGAGCUGGGGCAAUACACAGAGUUGGCAAGAGUUUGAUCGCUUUUGUGAAUAUAAUCCAGUGGAAGUGUCCAUGUUGACCUGUUUAGCUGAUGUCCGGGAACCUUGCCAGUUGGGCUGUAGAAACCUCACCUACUGCACUAAUUUUAACAACAGGCCAACAGAACUUUUCAGGAGUUGCAAUGCUCAGUCAGAUCAAGGAGCCAUGAAUGACAUGAAGCUGUGGGAAAAAGGAAGCAUAAAGAUGCCGUUUAUCAACAUACCUGUUCUUGACAUUAAAAAGUGCCAACCAGAAAUGUGGAAAGCAAUAGCUUGUUCGCUGCAGAUUAAGCCUUGUCAUAGUAAAUCACGGGGCAGUAUUAUUUGCAAAUCAGAUUGUGUAGAGAUUCUCAAGAAAUGUGGGGACCAGAACAAAUUCCCUGAAGACCACACAGCUGAAAGUAUUUGUGAGCUUCUGUCACCCACAGAUGACCUGGAGAAUUGCAUACCUUUGGAUACAUACCUCAGGCCAAGUUCUUUAGGUAACAUUGUUGAAGAGGUGACUCAUCCUUGUAACCCAAACCCUUGCCCUGCUAACGAGCUCUGUGAGGUAAACCGGAAAGGAUGUCCGUCUGGUGAUCCCUGCCUUCCAUACUCUUGUGUUCAGGGCUGCAAAUUGGGAGAAGCAUCUGAUUUUAUUGUCCGUCAAGGGACACUGAUCCAGGUGCCAUCAUCUUCAGGGGAAGUUGGUUGUUACAAAAUUUGCUCAUGUGGGCAAAGUGGACUCUUAGAAAACUGUAUAGAGAUGCACUGUAUAGACCUUCAGAAGUCUUGUAUUGUUGGAGGAAAAAGAAAAAGUCACGGAACUUCCUUUAAUGUCGACUGCAAUAUCUGUUCUUGUUUUGCUGGCAAUUUGGUGUGUUCCACCCGCUUGUGUCUCAGUGAGCACAGCUCAGAAGAUGACCGCCGCACCUUCACAGGUAACCGUGGCCGGCUAGCAGCCGUCCUCACCCCUGUACCUGUUCUCCUUGAAGGCGGCCUCUCGCCAGCUGCAAGUGUGCACGGCAGAGUAAGCACACAGCCUGAGAGCAGGGUGCUUUGCUCUCUGGAUUGCUUCCUCUUCUAUAAAUUGAAGGCAUUAAAAUGCAUACCCAAACCACAAGUCUGCCUGACGACGUUUGAUAAAUUUGGAUGUAGCCAAUAUGAGUGUUUGCCAAGACAGCUCACCUGUGACCAGGUCCGAGAUCCUGUUUGUGAUACAAACCACAUGGAGCACAGCAAUCUCUGCACUUUGUACCAGAGAGGGAAAAGCCUCUUAUACAAAGGCCCGUGCCAGUCUUUCUGCAGGACCCCGGAGCUCGUAUGUGGGCACAACGGGGAGACCUACAGCAGCGUGUGUGCGGCCUACUCGGACCGAGUGGCGGUCGAUUACCACGGGCCCUGCCAGGCUGUCGGGGUCCUCUCCGAGUACAGUUCUGUGGCUGAGUGUGCUGCCGUGAAGUGUCCUUCACUCUCAGCGACCGAGUGCAAACCCAUCAUCCCACCUGGUGCCUGUUGCCCAUUAUGUGCUGGCAUGUUAAGAGUUUUGUUUGACAAAGAAAAACUGGAUACUAUUGCUAAGGUUACAAACAAAAAGCCAAUCACAGUUCUGGAAAUACUUCAGAAGAUCCGCAUGCAUGUGUCCGUCCCACAGUGUGACGUGUUUGGGUACUUCAGCAUUGAGUCAGAAAUUGUGAUCCUCAUCAUUCCUGUGGACCAUUAUCCAAAAGCUUUACAGAUUGAGGCCUGCAAUAAGGAAGCAGAGAAGAUCGAAUCUCUUAUCAACUCUGACAGCCCCACUCUGGCAGCCCACGUCCCUCUGUCUGCCCUGGUCAUCUCGCAGGUGCGGGUCUCCAGCAGCAUUCCCUCAGCCGCUCCCAGGGCCCGGCCUCCCCGUCAGCCCCGCCUCUUCCUCCUCAGCCUGGGCCUCACCGUCCACAGAGUCUGGAGACACAACUGACUGCCCGUGAAAACUGCAAAAUAUUCCUUGAUCUAAUUUUCUUACUUUGGCAAAAACAUAUAGGACUGCUGGUUUGUAGUUGAAUAGUGGCCAAGGCAAAGCACUUGUCACCUCUUAACCUCUGUUCAUCAUACAGUAUUUUCUUAAUUACCAGUAUUAGUGAGGGUUUUGCCUUAUCUCUACCAGUGUUACAGUCUGUUCUUCCAAACACUGAGUGAAAGAGGACGCUUCCUUCCGGUGGGUCACUGGCCGCCUUGCAGUUCACAUUUUGCUCGUUAGACGGGUCCCCCGCCACAGAACGAAUUCUCUAUCGUCGAUAAAUGAGGUGAUCACUUUUUAGAAAGGCAGCUCACGUUUACUAUGGGCUUCGUAUCACAGAAACUCCAUUUCAGAGCUCUUUCAGGAUUGAGGUGCCCCUAGUGCAUGUGUGUCUGUUUACAGGUAAUUCCCCACUCUGUCUAGAAGUGGGGAGUCACAGUGAAGAGCCACUGUUACUAGAAUAUGUGAAAAAGAUAGGGCAUCUUUGGAAUUAUCAUCUAAGUCAUCAGGCAAAUUUAAUUUCUAGAAAUCUAAUUCAGAAUCCAUUUAAUGUGUUAAGCAAAAGCAGGCUAAGUAAAUGGCACUCACAUGAUAUAUUGUACCUAAGUGAUAGUCUCAGUGGUUCUUAAAGUGUGUCUGUGACUUCUGUGAAAGGGAGAAGUUAUAUUGCAUCAAAGCAUCUUGUAUUAUGCAUUUUUAUAUUAACAGAUGUAUAUCCUUUGGUAUCAUCCAAGUUAAAUGUAGAGUUUUUAAACAUUAACCUUUAAACCAAUUGCUGCUACUUAUGUAAUUGCCAAAAAGUGAAAUAGUUAGUAGUUCAUGUAAAUAAUACAUGAUUUUUCUAUUUUAUUAUGAAGAAGGUGAAUAGCCAUAUUUGUAAAAUGACAAUCAUGUGUGUUAACCCAGUACUUUCCGUUCAUGAAGACACAUUUGUUUUUUGUGAUAUGCACAAUGUAGGUAAGUGUUCUGUUUUUCUUUUUUGAUACAGAUUUAUAAAGAAGUGUGGUUUAUAUAUUUAAAAGUGUCAAUCUAAGUAUUAAAAUGUUUGCAUGUUGUCUAAGAAAACUUUGAAUGUGUUUCACAGUUUUAAAUAAGCUAUUCAGUGUAAUACUUCUUGUUUAUAUGCACCUAAACUUAGAAUUUACAUGAAGUGUUUUUCUCAGUGUUAAAUAUAUGUACCCUCUGAAAGAUAUAGGGUCAUGCUUAUUAUACCAAAAUGUUGUUUAAAAGUGGGCACUUAAAGCUUUCAGAAUUUCUCAGUGCCAUGUAGCAUGUUUGUUGCAAUUGCUUUUUCUAUAUAAAUCUCUUCAAUGCAAUGUACUGGAAAGCUUUUCUAUUUUAAUAAAAUAAUUUUAUAUGAUUA